AUGUCCUUUAAAAAUGUACGAGUAUUUGCAGAUCUUGCCGAACAUCUUAAGCUGCUUGGAUAUCCAAAAGUGUUUCCCCUGCAAGCCUUAUCUGGCAAGUUCGGUAGUUUGGCUUCUUUUCAUAUUGUAGCUGAAGUACUACAAUGGUUAGCUGGACUUAUGGAAACAGGAACCGUUUUGUCAGGUGGUGUGGAAACAGAAGAACAACGCGUACUGCUUAUAUGCUCGGCCACUGAAUUCUUUGUUACUAAAUCUGCUAUAAAAUUGAAUCCCCGCAAAUUAUACUCUGCCUCAGCAAUAACAGCGGCUGAAUUGCAGAAGAUAACAACACUUUUGAUAGCACCCACUAAUGCCGAGGAAGACAAGGAUGAAGAAGAGAACUAUCGUAGUCUUAAUCAAGUUGACAUUGGUGAUAAAAUGGAUGACUUGCGACGCGCACGUGAACUCUCAACAGACUUAACGCAACGUGGUGUCACUCUGUACGAUUUGCUUUGCAAAGAAUUAGUUAAUCGAGAUGCACGUCAGGCACAAGCGAAUCGCCCCAUGGAACUGGCAAGUGUAGAGCGUACCCUUAAAAGUGCCACAGCAGCUGCACAGCUAAAAUUGCAGACAAGUCGCGCUCAACUGGAAAAUGCACGCGUUGAAAUGAACGCACUCAAUUCUAAACUGCAACGUAAACGCGCUGAGCUCGAACGUACCAAACAGCGACUUGAAGCGCUGCAGAAAAUACGUCCCGCACAUAUGCAAGAGUUUGAAGAGUGUGAAGAGGAAUUGAAGCAAUUAUUUCAACAAUAUUUUCAACGCGUACACGUGCGAGACGCUUUACGUGCACAACUAGAAGCACGUACUAAACGUGCUACGCCCAUUGCUUCACCUAUUUUACAAAAACCCGCUGAGAAUUCUAUACCAUUCAUACCAGAGGGCUUACUGCAAGACGAUGACGACGAUGAUGAUGAUGAUGGGACGGAGUUGGGAGGUAUACGCCGUAAUGGAUACGGUUUGGAUGCUGAUAUACCAGAUAUACGUGACGAAGACUUAAUGUUGCGCAAUUUAAGAAGUGAGAAAAGGGAUAUCAGUAGUAGAACUGCAAAUAAGCGUCCAGGAACUGCUACAUCCCGCGCACGUCCUACAACUGGACGUCGAAAUCGUAAUGGCAGAGGUGCGGCGGGUAGUAUGCUUAAGCAACGUAAUAAAAACUCAAGCAUGGGCGACGAAGAUGACAGCACUUUUGGUAGUUCAGAAAGUGAUCUAGAUAUAGGCGGUAUACUUGGUUUGAGCGGUACUGACCCUACAACAGGCACAAGCAUAUUAAGCAAUAUGGGCUCUGAGAUUGGAGGAAUGGGCGAUGAUGAUUUCGAUUUAAAUUCUUUAGAUGAUAUAAGCAUUUCCAAAAUAACUGGAGAGUUACCUAUGCGUCCUAAAACGGCUAAUAAAGCGGAACAUCACAGCGAUGAGGAUUUUUAAAGAGUCACUAUUAUUUUUACAUAAACAAUAUUUAUAGAAUUUUUACUAAUGUUGCAUUUCAAAGAAGUUGUGGAA